AUGAUCUCGUCCGGUAGCCUCGGUCUGGUAGAGGCUUUCCCUAACAAAAUACCGCAUAAGCCUGACUACUCACAUCCCAAGGGCACGAGUCCCUGGCCCAAGUACGGAGAGAAACCCAACGCCAAUACGCCCGAGGUCAAGGCCUGGGCUAAGCUGGUAGACUGGUCCAAGGUUCCCAAAUUGCCUAUCCGCAAGGUCAAGUCCCCCGGGGACGCACCAGAGUGUCCCAAGCACGAUGUUCCCAAAAGUGAUUGCUGGUGGACCUGCACCGGUUGCUAUGCACCGGACGAUGUGGUCGAUUGUCCCGGCAAGAACGCCUGGGGACUCACAUUUGACGAUGGUCCUCAGCCAGGCACGACAGAGAGCUUGCUAGCGUUGUUGAAAGAGAAGAACGUGACGGCAACGUUCUUUGUUACCGGUAUGAAGUCCGCCAAGGCGCCAUGGCUGCUGCAGGACACGCUCGAGCAGGGCCACCAUUUGGCGAGCCAUACAUGGUCGCACUCAGGACUGACGACGCUGACAAACGAAGAGAUCGUCGCAGAACUGAAGUGGACGGAGAAGUACAUCUACGACCACACCGGAUACAAGAUCAAGUACUACCGUCCUCCAUAUGGUGAUGUUGAUAACCGCGUCCGCGCCAUUGCCACUCAGCUUGGCUUCACGACCGUGAUCUGGUCUAACGAGUGGGACACCCAGGACUGGCAGCUCGAAGAGAACACCAUUUCUUCUAAGCAAAUCGUUAAUAUUUUCAAAAACGAUCUUCAAACCCUGCCCAAGCGCAAGAACGGUGUCAUCACCCUCGAGCACGACGGGGACCCCAAAAUGAUCACCAUGGCCCGCACGCUCCUCGAUAUGGGAUUGGCCAAGGGUAUGAAGCCUAUGGACAUUGCCCAGUGCCUGAACGAUCCUGUUGGAUAUAAUGCUGUACCUAAGAAACCAGAGCCUAAGUUUGAGUCGGUCAAGAAGCCGCAAGAAGAACUAUCAAGCAGCAAGAACGAGCCACCAAAGUCGUCUCCUAUUCCAGAUAACGCUGACAACAAGGCUACUACUCCUCCAGAGCUUUCCGAGAGUGACUCGAACGACGAAAGUGUCUCGAACGAUGAGAGUAUCUCGAACGGCGAAAGUAUCUCGAGCGGCGAAAGUGUCUCGAGUGGCGAAAGUAUCUCGCAGCAAUCAGUGAAGAAGGUUUCAGGAGCAUUGCCUUCGUCGAACGCAGCAGGUCUCUCGGUCGCCCUCUGGACGCUCGCCGCCGUUGCUGCCUCGCUCGUUCUCUAG